UCAGUAUCCCCAGUCCACAGGGGCGCUGUGAGCUCGCGCGCCGGCUCGCGACACCCGUCGCCAUUUUAUUCCGUAAAUCUGACAAAACUGGAGAAACUGAGAUACGGGUGAUAUUUCGUCAUAUUUCAGCAGUUUUAUUUAUUAUUUUUAAUAGUAUUUUAAGAAAUGACUGUCGAAUGUAACCAUAUAAGUUUUUGGAUGUUUGCUGUACUAAAUGGCCAGCCUGAGCUUUGAGGCAGAUCGUUUGUUUACUAAUGAUAACACGGAUGGUGUGGAUAGAGGAGCCAAUAGCAAGUAAGGCCUAAGUGCUUUCAAACAAAAGGCGAGCGAAACCGACGAUACGCAUCACAAUUUUCAACAAUUUGGAGACAUUGCUGAUUCCAAGUGUGUUGCACUGAAGUGGACCCCACUGAGCCUGGAUUACUGAUUAAAAGAUAAAAACACCGAUAUUAAGGCCUUGUGGGGAGGGGGUGGGUAAUAAAGAGACAGUACCUUAUCUCUGAGAUGACUAAAGUGGAAUAAUGGUCAUUUUGCAUGGGACCCGGCCACCUGCCUCUGCCCUGACCAGCAAUGAAUCUUGACUCUCUUUCGCUGGCUUUGUCUCAAAUCAGCUACUUGGUGGACAAUUUAACUAAGAAAAACUAUAGAGCUAGCCAGCAGGAAAUACAGCACAUCGUGAAUCAGCACGGCCCUGAGGCAGACAGGCAUCUUCUCCGCUGUCUCUUCUCCCGUGUGGAUUUUACUGCCGAUAGUAAAAACAGCAGUAAAGAUUCCCAUCAGGCACAGUUUCUGGCCCAGGAGUGUGCAUCUCUGGUAUCCAAGCCAAACUUUAUCUCCACCCUUUGCUACGCCAUUGAUAAUCCACUGCAUUACCAGAAGAGUUUGAAGCCAACAUCCCACUUGUUUUCGCAGCUAAGUAAAGUUCUGAAACUAAGUCGGGUCCAGGAGGUGAUUUUUGGUCUUGCUUUGCUGAACUCUUCCAAUUCAGAGCUUAAGGGGUUUGCUGCCCAGUUUGUGAAGCAGAAGCUACCGGACCUUCUGCGCUCCUACGUGGACACAGACCUCACUGGGAACCAGGAAGGUGGCUUCCAGGAUAUUGCUGUAGAGGUUCUUCACCUGCUCCUCUCCCAUCUCCUCUUUGGACAGAAGGGAGCUUGUGGGGUAGGACAGGAACAGAUUGACGCAUUUCUCAGGACUUUGUGCAGAGAUUUCCCCCAGGUGCAGUGCCCUGUGGUGCUGGCACCACUGCUGUACCCAGAAAAACGGGACGUUCUGAUCGAUAGGAUCUUACCGGAUUCUGGGGGGAUCGCGAAGAUGACGAUGGAGAGCUCGCUUGCCGAGUUCAUGCUCGAACUUGGCUAUGGAUUCUGCGCCAGUGUGGAUGAAUGUCGCAACAUAAUCAUGCAGUUUGGGGCGCGGGAGGUCACAGCCAGCCAGGUGGCACGAGUGUUGGGGAUGAUGGCCCGAACUCACUCUGGCCUUUCGGAUGGUAUUGCCCUACAGUCAAUCUCUGCACCGACCAGUGGGAUCUGGAGUGAGGGGAAGGACAAGAACGAUACCUCCCAGACCCACACGUGGAACUUCGAAGUUUUCAUUGACGUCGUCAAAGAAAUCAACCCCAGUCUUAACUUCAAAGAGGUCACCUAUGAGCUAGACCACCCGGGGUUCGUCAUCCGUGACAGCAAGGGCCUGCAGGUAGUGGUGUUUGCCAUACAGAGGGGCCUCGGUAUGGAAGUCUUUCCAGUGGACCUCAUCUACAGGCCAUGGAAGCACGCUGAAGGCCAGUUAUCGUUUAUCCAGCAAUCUCUGAUGAGCCCAGAGGUUUUCUCUUUUGCUGAUUACCCCUGUCACACUGUGGCUAUUGACAUCUUGAAGGCCCCCCCAGAGGACGAUAACCGGGACAUAGCUACCUGGAAGAGUCUGGACUUGGUGGAGAGUCUGCUGCGGCUGUCGGAGCUGGGUCAGUACGAGCCAGUGAAGCAGCUCUUCAGCUUCCCCAUCAAGCACUGCCCUGAUGUGCUGGUGCUGGCGCUGCUGCAGAUCACCACGUCUUGGCACGCCCUGCGGCACGAGCUCAUCUCUGCUCUCAUGCCCAUCUUCCUGGGCAACCAUCCCAACUCGGCCAUCGUCUUGCAUUACGCAUGGCACGGACAGGGCCAGUCCCUCUCCAUCCGUCAGCUGAUAAUGCAUUCGAUGGCAGAGUGGUACAUGAGGGGAGAGCAAUAUGACCAGGCCAAGCUGUCCCGCAUCUUAGAUGUGGCUCAGGACUUGAAGUCUCUCUCCAUGCUGCUGAAUGGCACUCCGUUUGCCUUCGUCAUUGAUCUGGCUGCACUAGCGUCUCGCCGUGAAUACCUCAAACUCGACAAAUGGCUGACCGACAAAAUCAGAGAGCAUGGGGAACCCUUUAUCCAGGCCUGCGUGACGUUUCUGAAACGGCGCUGUCCCUCCAUCAUGGGUGGCUUGGUGCCCGAGAAGGACCAGCCCAGGAGUGCCCAGCUACCCCCGGAGACGCUGGCCACCAUGCUGGCAUGCCUGCAGUCCUGUGCGGGGAGCGUAUCUCAGGAGCUGUCCGAGACCAUCCUCACCAUGGUGGCAAACUGCAGCAAUGUGAUGAACAAAGCUCGCCAGCCCCCUCCGGGGGUCGUGCCCAAGGGUCGCGCUCCCAGCACCAGCAGCCUAGAUGCUGUAUCCCCCGUGCAGAUGGAUGCCCUUAGCACCAUGAGCUCCUUAAGCCUUGGAACCUCAUCUACAUCACUCACCCAGAGCAUGCAGGCUUUCCCCACACCCCUGGUCCCUGCCUUCAGCACCCCACAGUCCCCGGUCAAGGCCUUCCCCUCAAUAUCCAGUCCCAGCCCCGCCACUCCAUUUGUGGGCAUCGCAAGCCUCGCUCAGCUUCCAGGUUCGCUGGGCACAGGCAGCUUGACUGGCAUUGGCACAGGGCUGGCACUGCCUGCAGUGAGCACCGAGCCCUUUGUCACCAGGAAGAUGAGCACAUCUGGACUGAACCCAGCUGCCUUCCAGCAGACUGACCUUUCUCAGGUGUGGCCUGAGGCCAAUCAGAACUUUAGCAAGGAGAUCGAUGAUGAGGCAAACAGCUACUUCCAGCGCAUCUACAACCACCCGCCGCAUCCCACCAUGUCCGUUGACGAAGUUCUUGAGAUGCUCCAGCGGUUCAAGGACUCAAGCGUCAAACGCGAGCGAGAGGUGUUCAACUGCAUGCUCAGGAACCUGUUUGAGGAGUACCGCUUCUUCCCCCAGUACCCCGAUAAGGAGCUGCACAUCACUGCCUGUCUGUUUGGCGGCAUUAUCGAGAAGGGCCUUGUGACCUACAUGGCCCUGGGGCUAGCUCUGCGCUACGUCCUCGAGGCCUUGAGGAAGCCUUUUGGCUCUAAAAUGUACUAUUUUGGUAUCGCUGCGCUGGAUCGCUUUAAGAACAGGCUAAAGGACUAUCCUCAGUAUUGCCAGCAUUUAGCCUCCAUUGGCCACUUUAUGCAGUUCCCUCAUCAUCUUCAGGAGUACAUCGAGUACGGCCAGCAGACGAGAGACCCUCCUGUGAAGAUGCAGAGCUCCAUUACCGGUCCGACUAGCUUGCCUCUGGUCCAGCCUCCCCCAAAAGCAUCCAUGCUGCCAAGCCAAUCCAGCUCCAUGGUACCGAGCACCUCUGCCAUCCCCACCACUGCCUCUGCCACCAAAACCACCACCAUUGCCCGUCCGACUUCAGUGAGCUUCAAGAAGGAUGUACCUCCUUCCAUAAACACUACCAAUAUUGACACCCUGCUUGUGGCCACUGAUCAGAUUGAGAGGAUAGUGGAACCUCCAGAAAAUAUCCAGGAGAAAAUUGCAUUCAUCUUCAAUAAUUUGUCUCAGUCCAACAUGAUUCAGAAGGUUGAAGAGCUGAAGGAAACUGUGAAGGAGGAGUUCAUGCCUUGGGUGUCCCAGUACCUGGUCAUGAAGCGAGUCAGCAUUGAGCCCAACUUCCACAGCCUCUACUCAAACUUUUUGGACACACUGAAAAACUCUGAAUUUUUCAAAAUGGUCCUGAUUGAAACUUACAGAAACAUCAAGGUUCUUCUCACCUCUGAUAAGGCAGCGGCCAACUUCUCUGACCGGUCCCUGUUGAAGAAUUUGGGCCAUUGGCUUGGGAUGAUUACUCUAGCUAAAAACAAGCCCAUCCUCUAUACCGACCUGGAUGUGAAAUCCCUUUUGCUGGAAGCCUAUGUGAAGGGACAGCAGGAGCUCCUGUAUGUCGUCCCCUUUGUUGCCAAAGUCUUGGAAUCCAGCCUCAGGAGCCUCAUCUUCAGACCCCAGAAUCCCUGGACCAUGGCCAUCAUGAAUGUAUUGGCAGAACUGCACCAGGAACAUGACUUGAAGUUGAACUUGAAGUUUGAAAUCGAAGUGCUAUGCAAGAACCUUUCCCUGGACAUUAACGACUUGAAGCCCGGCACUCUGCUCAAGGACCAGCACAAGCUCAGCACCCUGGAGGUGCAGCUGUCUGCACCAAAGAAGGAAUCCAGGCCAGCAGAGGAAGCGCAGCCAGUCAGCACCAAAGGUCAGCCCAGCAAUUUCGUUGCAGCCCCCCCGGCGCCGCCGGGCAGCGGGACACCCAGCACGGCCACGGGCCCCCCGACCGCCCUCUUCAGUUACCAUGACAUUAACGUGUACUCCUUGGCAGGACUGGCCCCCCAUGUCACUGUCAGCCACACGAUUCCCCUUCUACAGGCCCACCCCCAGCUGAAGCAGUGCGUGCGGCAGGCCAUUGAACGUGCCGUUCAGGAGCUCGUGCACCCUGUAGUGGACCGCUCUAUCAAGAUCGCCAUGACAACCUGUGAGCAGAUCGUCAGGAAGGACUUCGCUCUGGACCCUGAGGAGUCACGCAUGCGGAUGGCAGCGCAUCACAUGAUGCGCAACCUGACGGCUGGCAUGGCCAUGAUCACGUGCAGGGAGCCGCUGCUCGUCAGCAUCGCCGCAAACCUGAAGAGUGGCUUCACCGCGGCGCUCAGGGCCCCCACUCCCCAGCAGAGAGAGAUGAUGGAGGAGGCCGUGGCCAAGAUCGCGCAGGAUAACUGCGAGCUGGCGUGUUGUUUCAUCCAGAAGACGGCCGUGGAGAAGGCUGGCCCAGAGAUGGACAAGAGGCUAGCUACCGAGUUUGAGCUGAGGAAGCACGCCAGGCAGGAGGGCCGUCGGUACUGUGACCCGGGCGUCCUGACCUACCAGGCCGAGCGCAUGCCAGAGCAGAUCCGGCUGAAGGUCGGAGGAGUGGACCCCAAACAGCUCGCCGUCUACCAGGAAUUUGCACGCAAUGUCCCAGGAUUCCUGCCAAGCAAUGACCUUUCCCAGCCCACUGGCUUCCUUGCUCAGCCCAUGAAGCAGCAGGUCUGGCCAACAGACGACAUGGCUCAGAUCUAUGACAAGUGCCUGGCCGAUCUAGAGCAGCACCUGCACGCCAUAUCCCCGGCGCUGGCCGUGAACCCGCUGACGCAGGCGCUGCGGAGUCUCACGGAGUCCGUGGCUCUCACCCGCAACAAUCGCGACAGCGUAGCGGCACUGGCCCUGCUGCAGAAGGCAGUGGAGGGGCUGCUGGAUGCCACCAGCAGUGCGGACCCAGACCUCCUGCUUCGCUACAGAGAGUGCCACCUGCUGGUGCUGAAGGCCCUGCAGGAUGGGCGUGCCUACGGCCCACAGUGGUGCAACAAGCAAGUCACCAGGUACCUCAUGGAGUGCAGAGAUGAGUACAAGUAUAAUGUGGAGGCGGUGGAGCUCCUGAUCAGAAACAACCUGGUCAACAUGCAGCAGUAUGACCUGCACCUUGCCCAGUCAAUGGAGAACGGUCUGCACUACAUGGCUGUGGCCUUCGCCAUGCAACUGGUGAAGCUGCUGCUGGUGGAUGAGUGCAGUGUGAGCCAGGUCACCGAGGCAGACCUCUUCCACACCAUCGAGGCGCUUAUGCGCACCAGCGCCCACUCCAGAGCCAAUGCACCUGAGGGUCUCCCCCAGCUGAUGGAUGUGGUCCGCUCGAACUACGAAGCCAUGAUGGACCGCUCCCACGGCGGGCCCAACUUCAUGAUGCACUCUGGGAUUUCCCAGGCCUCAAAGUAUGACGACCCCCCUGGCCUCAGGGAGAAGGCAGAAUACCUCCUGAGGGAGUGGGUCAGCCUGUACCACUCGUCUGCUGCAGGACGUGACAGCACCAAGGCUUUCUCUGCCUUCGUCGGACAGAUGCACCAGCAGGGGAUCCUGAAGACCGACGACCUGAUCACACGUUUCUUCCGGCUCUGCACGGAGAUGUGCGUGGAGAUCAGCUACCGCACUCACACCGAGCAGCAGCACACGCCGGCCGCUGGUGCCACCAUCAUCCGUGCCAAGUGCUACCACAACUUGGACGCCUUUGUGCGGCUUAUCGCCCUGCUCGUGAAGCACUCUGGCGAGGCAGCCAACACCGUCACAAAGAUCAAUCUGCUCAACAAGGUCCUGGGCAUCGUGGUCGGCGUCCUCAUCCAGGAUCAUGACGUUCGCCACACUGAGUUCCAGCAGUUACCGUAUCACCGUAUCUUCAUCAUGCUGCUUUUGGAGCUGAAUGCCCCAGAGCACGUGUUGGAAACGAUCAACUUCCAGACCCUCACUGCCUUCUGCAACACAUUUCACAUCCUGCGGCCGGCCAAGGCCCCAGGCUUCGUCUAUGCUUGGCUGGAGCUCAUCUCUCAUCGCAUCUUCAUCGCCCGGAUGCUGGCUCACACGCCACAGCAGAAGGGUUGGCCAAUGUACGCCCAGCUUCUGAUUGACCUGUUCAAGUACAUCGCCCCCUUCCUGAGGAAUGUGGAACUCAGCAAACCUAUGCAAAUUCUCUACAAGGGUACUCUGCGGGUCCUCUUGGUCCUGCUUCAUGACUUCCCAGAAUUCCUGUGUGACUACCACUACGGCUUCUGUGAUGUCAUUCCUCCAAACUGCAUCCAGCUGCGUAACCUGAUCCUCAGUGCCUUCCCCCGGAAUAUGAGGCUCCCUGACCCCUUCACCCCCAACUUGAAGGUGGACAUGCUCAGUGAAAUCAAUGUAGCUCCUCGUAUCCUCACUAACUUUACUGGAGUGAUGCCUACUCAGUUUAAAAAAGACCUGGACUCCUACCUGAAAACUCGCUCCCCUGUCACAUUUCUGUCCGAGCUACGCAGCAAUCUGCAGGUAGGGGGCACCAGUCUGGGUCCCUGGAGACAUUUGCAGCUCAGCGACACAUCUUUAGACCAGGUGUCAAAUGAGCCAGGGAAUCGGUACAAUUUCCAGCUGAUUAAUGCCCUCGUGCUGUACGUGGGGACUCAGGCCAUUGGCCACAUCCACAGCAAGGGCAGCAGCCCCUCCAUGAGCACAAUCACCCACUCAGCCCACAUGGACAUCUACCAGAAUCUGGCCGUGGACUUGGACACUGAGGGACGGUACCUGUUCCUCAAUGCCAUUGCCAAUCAGCUGCGCUACCCUAACAGCCACACACACUACUUCAGCUGUACCAUGCUGUACCUCUUUGCUGAAGCCAACACUGAGGCCAUCCAGGAGCAGAUAACAAGGGUCCUGCUGGAGAGGUUGAUCGUGAACCGGCCACACCCCUGGGGUCUGCUCAUCACCUUCAUCGAGCUCAUCAAGAAUCCUGCCUUCAAAUUCUGGAGCCAUAACUUUGUGCACUGUGCACCAGAGAUUGAGAAGUUGUUCCAGUCCGUGGCUCAGUGCUGCAUGGGCCAGAAGCAGGCACAGCAGGUGAUUGAGGGCACUGGUGCCGGUUAGUGGGGCUGCAUUGUUGGAGUCCUGACCUGGGUCUGUCUCCCUCCGUCACGCCAACAGCACCAAGAUGAACAGACGUGGUGGGCACAAGUCACACCAUUGCCUAUUAGAGACUUCCAUAACUGUGAUGGAGGUUAGGGGCAGCAUUUGUAGAACAAGCAAGUGCUGUGAACAUUUUCAAGUAAAUAAAUUGAGAUGGUAGAGCCUCCUGGACAAUGUGGAGCUGAGGUGGAGAUUAAGCCAGGUUAAGCGUUUCAAAAUGAAGUUGCUGUGCUCCCAGCAACAGACAGACCCGCUCACCUUGAAAAUCUUUUUGCCUGUUCUCCCUUUGUUUCCAAAAUUAGUUUUGUUAAGUAUUUAGGAGAAGCAGCUGUUUAUGACCCCGUCAGCGGGCCGGGGAGGAUGCAGAGCACAAGCAGUCUGCUGGGUUAUAUGUCCUGGGAAAUGAUCUGUGUGGGAGUGGUCAGGUGACUCAUUAAGGAUGUUAAAGGGUAUUAUACUCUGUGUUUAUGGGUUCCCCCGGAUGCCUGUAAAUUGUGACAUAAGAAUAUUUGAAAUUGUAUAAAGACCAUUAAAAGUAUGAUGGACCGAUAGAAGCCUUUUUGUAAUGAUUUUGAAUGUUUUGUAAAAUCAUUUGGUCCAUGUGUUGUUUUGCAGUAUUUCAUAGUUUUGCCUGUAGUUCUUUUCACUGGAUUCCUGUAUGUAUGCAUAUUAUAGUUAAUGCAUUAAAAAUCUUUGCCUGCAUUUUACUCUUGCA